GAGACUUUGAUAAACAUCAGCGAGAACGAGAUGAACAAAAAGUGAGAGUACGGCACUACUGGAGACAUCCUCAGUAUAACUCACAGAACUACAACAAUGACAUUGCUUUGGUCCAAUUGACUAGUGAUGUGAUUUUUACCCAGAAUGUACUUCCCAUCUGCCUUCCUCGUCCUAACCUAGCUACUUUGCUGAUUGAAGAAGUAGCUCAUGGAACAGUUAGUGGAUGGGGUGCAACUCAUGCUAAGGGUAAGUUAAUUCGCUUUCUCAUGAAAGUUAGGUUGCCCAUUGUGAGCAUGGAGACCUGUCGGCAGUCAACUAAGAAGCUCAUUACGGACAACAUGUUUUGUGCAGGCUAUGAUGCGGAAGGGCAGGACGCUUGCAAAGGAGAUAGCGGUGGACCUUUUGCUGUAUCUUAUCACAAUACUUGGUAUCUCUUGGGGAUUGUCAGCUGGGGAGAAGGUUGUGCUGAAGUCGGAAAAUAUGGAGCUUAUACUCUAGUACCCAAUUAUAUUUCAUGGAUAAAGGAAGUAUUCGAAACUAAUUCUGGAAGUUUUUUUGCAUAG